GUGAAACUUCCGUGGAAAAAAACUAUUCAUUUCCUUCUCAUAUGACUUUCAACCGGAAGUAACAAGUUACAAUAAUGUCAAACAUAAUUUUUGCACUAUUUAUCGCUUUUGGCGUUUCUCAAGCCUCUAAAACGCCUGUUCUUAUUUGGUCACCAACUAGACCACUAAGUGAUUUACCGCAGAGUUAUGCAGGAGAAACGAUCAAAGAUGAUGUCUUCACAGAUAAAUACCUUAAACCAUUGACCUCAGAUCCAAGUCAAUCAGUUGUUGUAUUUCUACAAGAUAAGUUGAGUGUAGAAGAUUUCACUAACCAUGCCGAUGUCUACAACCCUAGCAGUGAUGGUGGAGCCUUUAAAAAUGUUAAGUCGGCCAUGGAUGACCAGUUCUCUGUACAUCUUCCAGCUGUUGUAAGUCCUAAGGAAACAAUUGAAAGUUUGUCAAAAGUUUUCUCAGGAAAGGUUAUCAAGGUAGACAACCCAGACGAAUUUGCCAACUUGAAAAUUAAGGAUAAUGAGGGUUAUCUCAUCAUUGUUUCUCUGCAGCCAAUCAGAAGUGAGGAAGAAUUUGGUUCUUUCAAAAGAAAUGACGAGGCUAUUGGGAAAUGUCUACAUCACAUGAACAAGCGUAGCAUCAAGUACAGCGCCAUCUAUACUGCUGAGUCAUCAUCUAAGGCUGAGAAUAUGGAGGUACAUGGUGGUCGUCAGUUGUUGGAAGAAAAAGAUAAGGACAGUAACGGUACAUUUGUCAGCAUCGAGAGGGUUAACGUAUUCCUCAAGACUGUGUCUGUAUACAUCACACCAAAACCUAAAGAUGCUAAUACAAAACCGGUCACCUUUCACACAGUAUUCCCAUUUGAAGAUGCACGUAAUUUGAACAUUACUAAAGUCAACGAAACUGUGAAGUUGACCUUAAGCUUCAAAGGGGACAAUGGAUCUGCCAUACUUGAGAUGAUGAUAGUGGAGAAUAGGUUGUUUGAGUUUAUAUCAGUGAAUGGUACUUUCAAGUUCACUGGAAAUUCUGGCACAGAGAACGAUGUUGAUGAUAUGCCAAUAAACUAUAAGAUACAGGCUACCAAAGGCUUCUGUUUCCAUUGUACAAAGUUGAGAGCUGUCCGUGACUACACUAGGAAGGAUUUUAAUGGCACUAGUGCGGUCGAAGUUAUACUAAAUGGAUUCCAGAUUGAAGCAUUUAACCCGUACAACAGUUCAAGUAGCGAGUAUUUCACUAGUGAUGUAUGGGAUUGCGUUGAAUUCUUCACGAUCCCGAUCUGGAUGGGUAUAAUCACAACAUUGUUACUACUCACGAUUCUCUUCUAUGGUAUCACGAUGAUUGCCAACAUCACGACCAUGGACAGGUUUGAUGAUCCUAAAGGAAAAACUAUCACCAUCACGGUUAACGAGUAGUCUCCAAAGCAAAACAUACAUAAACACUUUAUAUAUAGACUGAUGCUUUUUUAUGCCACCGCAGCAUCUGCGAUG